AUGGCCCCAGCGUCUCAGGAGCCCGAGCCCGCCUCCGCGACCACGACCAGGCCCGACAGCGACUCGUCGGUGGACAACAUCGCCCAGGCUCGCUCCUCUCCAGCUUCUCAAUUCCGCGCCUACGCUCCGCUCCUCUCCCCCGGCGCUCCUGCACCAUUUGGCCCCAUUCGCCGUUGUUCUGUCACGCUCGUUGAUUCGCUCAAAGUUCCCAUCCAUCGGAACUGGAGCGGUCUGGACCCUCCCCUAGGCGAGCAGGCUGCCAGCGCGCUCGAGGCGAACCUUACGAACCUUGAGAAUAGACUGGACGCACUCUUAGCUGCCUUUGAAGCUUCCGAAGGAGGAGCUGAAGCCCCGAAGGACCCGAACGACACCCAGGAUGGAAACCCCCCCAACGGACAGAAGCGCAAUGAGGGGUCUGGGCCCGAUGCCUCUGGAGCGGCGAAGAAGCCUUAG